UUUGAGCCUCACGACGAUCCGUACGAGUCGGUCGGAGUCGGUCACAUGAUGAAUGCGGAAAUAACAUCUUUAGCCUAAAGGAGAUUUAACUGCGUUCCACAGGCAUACAGGGAAAUCUGUGCAUGCGGAUAUGGAGCAUCGGUUAGGCCGAGCGCCGGUGUUGUCUCCGCUGGAGGAGUCGAGUGAAGAGGUGAGCAGAGACAGCGGGAUCGUGUCCCAAAGCACCAGCACUGUGUCCAUGCUGAGCGAAGGCCUGAGCAACGGAAACGUCUCCCACAGCCCCAGUUUCGCCGGUAAUGUGUCAGAAAGUCCCAGUCUGGAUGGUGCUGCUGCACGGAGUCAUGAGGAAGAGGAGGAGGAGGAGGACGAAGAGGAGGAUGAGAUCCUGAGACAGACUGCACUCAGUUACUCCUCUUAUAUCCGAGCAGACGCAGGAGAGGAGAUCUCAUGUCUGGAGAAGAGUCUGGAAGAUAUGCUUAUUCGAGUAGACGAGUUUGUGGGGAUGCUGGACAUGAUUCGCAACGACACCUCUCAGAUCGUGAACAACAGCCUGCCUCAGAUUCAUAAAAAAGCUGAGGACAUGAGACAGAUUUACAGGAAAAUUGACAAGCUAGAGGCUUUUGUGAAGAUGGUCGCUGCCAACGUGAGUGUCAUGGAGGAGCAAGUCGUCGAGGCUGAAGGUGAAGCUCGGACGCUACCUGGUGCUUUCAAAAAGAUUUUCCGAACGAUGAACGUCUCUGGAUUUUUAAAUAAACCUUCCAGCCCCAAACGAGCACCGCAGCAGCACCAGGAGAUUCCCUCCGUGUUCAGGACCGAUGAUUUCUUCCCCGCACAGCCAAAACCGUGAUCACGGAAAUCACCGUAGCGUCUAUCUCACGCCGUUCUCACCAAAAAAAAAAAAAAAAGAAAAAUAAAAGGUCCGAGACGCCCGCUCGCGUCCGACAGCAAUAUUAGAGCGGUGCUCGUGAACGCCGAUCACAGCCGAGCACUAUUUUAGCACACCGUUAGAUGGCAGCUAGUUUUAUAAUGAAUUUGUGUGUUUUUUUUUUUUUAAAGGACUUUUGUUUAAAGUGCCUCUCCUGGAAACAUUGCUGUUUUCACUCUCAAGAACACAGUAGCAUGCUCACAAAUCGGCAUGUGUCGAUAUCACAUAUUCAUGUAAAAUUUUUCAGAAACGCGGCUGCAGGUUUUAUGUAUUAAUGCAUUUGUUCAAACACAUUAUUGUUUCUAUAGCAAUGACUAAAACAUAGGGUUGUACAACACGAGCCCAACGUUAAACUUGAAAUACCUGAAACGCUCAACUCUGUGUAGGUCCAAGAAGCUAAAUCAGGUCUGACUCCGCCCCUUAUAAUUAUUAUUAUUAUUAUUAUUAUUUCAUUUUGUGCUCCUUGUUUAACAUUUCACAGUCACAACUAUCGACCGAAUCGAUUCGUUUGAACGACUCCUUGAACCAUGCAUUCUCAAAUUACAAGAAAAGAAUCGAGAGAUCGAUUAUUUACAUCCCCUCCUUAAAGGUAGGAGGAGCUACAUCAGGUCUGACUCCACCCACCUGUACAACUUAUAUCGCCAUAGCAACAAAUAUCAAACGUCGGAUCUUCUGUAAUCUUUACAAAAUAGAUUCAAAAUCCAAUACAAUCUUGGGGUUAAGUCUUAUCUCCUGUAGUGAAGAUGUUUUGACCCUGUGUUUGUUUUGCGUUUUAAGUUAAAUAUUUCUAUAUCAUGCAAAUGAUUAUCGACACAUGCCUAAUACCGACAACAGAAGGAAUUUCUGAGGUUUUUAAUUAAUAUCGUGUACAUUUUUAUAAUAGUUUUUUUGAUCUUGGAUUUUUUUUGCCAGGAUUAUUUUUUUUGCACUAACAUAACUAACAUCACCAUAGCUUGAAUCACCUUUAUUUCAAGUAUGUGUUUAGUAAAAUAUUGUCAUUUUCUGGAUCAAAUGCCAUGACUGCUUGGGCUUCAGUUUAGUUCCACUUUAUCCUCUUCAGGCCACAGGGAAGGAAAGCUGUGGUCCUGUUUAUUUUGAGUAAAUAAUCUCUUUUUUACACUGAUGAUUAUGAUUGUCAGCUAGCUUGAUGUUUGAGUAGCUAAUUUAAUGAAUUGAUUUGUAAGGAAUGUACAUUUAUUUAUAAUAAAAAGCAAAAUUAUUGUAUAAAGUACAGACA